AUGUGGAGUAUGGCUCAACUUAACCAAACAUUCAUAGCCACUGAAAUUGUGUUCUUUAAUAUUGUUGGCGUUUUUGGAAACGUCAAUUUUAUCUAUUUGACUGCGACGAGAAAGAAAUUGCAAUCCAAAUCUUGUGAGUUACCAGAAGUCUCUGUGGGGGAAAAUCUGAAAAGUUUUCAGCAAUUCUACAAUGCUUUUUGUCUGCAUUCCACAUCAUUUGCCUGCUCUGCGAGCUUCCAAAUUCAUUUUUAUUGUUUUUGGGUGAGUUUGGAAAUGAUUUCCGAGAUCUGAGUACUGAGAACUGGGAAACAAUUCAGUGUGGGAUAAUGUUUUGCAGAAAAUAAUUGGAAUUAUGGAAUUAUUUCACUUAGAAUUUAAAAGGAUCUAGAAAAGACUUACCUUAACUAUACCCUUUCUAGUAAAAUUUUGCACCGGAAUCGUGCAUUUUCCAAAAUCACCCUUUUUUCCCAUGUCCCCAAUUUACCCUUAUAUUUUUAAUAUAAUCAAAACAGCGCACGUUCUUUACUUUAUCACAAAAUUCCAGGCCUCCAACUUCGUCGAAACGUAUGUUUCCCAGCGAUUUCAAUCUACAUGUUCGCAAUUUGCGUUCAGGCGUUUCUAACCCUAAUGAUCACAAUAGACAUAGUCAUCAUCGUCUAUUGCCCUUCAUUGUAAGCUCUAGCUCUAGGAUAAGGACCCUGGGAUCUCUAAUGUAAAGUUUUCCAGCUAUCGCACCACAUCCACACCAAAAUACAUAACUGCAAUGCUAAUUCCCCCAGUCAUCUACGGCCUGAUGAUUAUAUCCCUAGGCUUUUGGACUAUGGAUGAUGAGAUGUUGCUCUUCUGCAAUCCACCGAUGAGUAUGAUUUUGAUAAUCAGAAGAGUCUGGACUUUCUCAAGUGUUGUUAUCAAUACAAUCGUUCUUCUAUUAUUCGCAAUUCUUAUUUUUGUUUUUCAUCGAAGAGGUAACCUUAAUCCGCCGAACAGCUUUAUUAAUUUAACUUCAGGUAAAAAACAAAAAAGCGACACGCGAAAAAUCAUGCGUCGUCUAAAAAUCAUGUUGCUCUUCUACAUCUUCACUUGGUAUAUCUGCCUCCUCGCCGCCGAUAUCUUCGUAGCUUCUGGAAUCACUGGCCCAACUUUAAGCUUCAUGUUGAGCAAUCUCGUGUUCUUCGUCCUCAUCGUCUAUUCCCAAUCAUUCUAUAUUGUUCUCUGGAGAUCCCCGGAAUAUCGUAUGGCGUUUUUCGAAACUUAUAGCUUCAUUCCAUGGGUGGAGCAAGUUCGACAGGGUGCCACGUGGACUUCGAAAGUUGGAACAACUGUUUCACAUCACUCGACAGCUUAUGUUAGUCAAGGAACGUCUGGAAAUUAA